AUGACUUGCAAACCGUCCAGCUUAUCGUUGGGGAAUUCUGUAGCGGUCAGUCCCAAGGCCGUCAUGACCGUGUCGCCUCCAUCUCACCCGGCCGUUGAACAACCCGUGCCUUCGGGUUCAACGUCUCCUCAGCUGACUCCGCUGCGGUCGACCACUCCUGCUCCUGAUGACGAAGAUUACACUGGCCUUGAACCAGACGCGACCGAGCCUGACCAAGCCGGCCCCGCUCCGGCUGACCACCUCGCCGACCCUGUUGGCUUUUCGGUCGGAUAUGAUGAAGCCCCGGCGGACGAUGCUUCUUCUGCCGAUGCUGAUCCUGCCGAUGCUGAAGUGGAAAGCGACCCAGUGCGUAACUUGGACACUGCCGAGCCUGACCAAGCCAGCCCCGCUCCGGCUGACCACCUAGCCGACCCUGUUCGCUUUUUGGUCGGAUCUGAUGACGCCCCGGCGGACGAUGCCUCUUCUGCCGAUUCUGACGUAGAAGUGACCAAGCGCAUGACGUGGACACGACCGAGGUUGACCAUUUAG